AUGCCAGACCCUCCACCCCCUCUAACGCACUCUAGCCCUGGGCACCCUGAUUGUGCAGCUUCAUCUCAGACACCAGCCCUCUGCAUUUCCAAGCCUCGUAGCCACUGUCAGGAGGAAUUACAGAAUGUGAAGCCCUGCACAUCUGCUUUUAAGACAGUCACAUCAGAGCAAGCCAAGAAGACAGAACAUGUAACGCCUUUCAAAGAAGAAACAAAAACAGCAUUACAGCCACUGCAAGGUGACGCUGAGGGCGCACAGCCAGUGAGCCCAGAAGCCUCGGAGCCCCUGGGCCUGGAAGCAGAGGGCAUCGUUGCUGCAGAAUCCGAGGACGCAGUCCGAGUCCCCGAAGAGGCCGUUGCUCCACCGGGUGGAGAGGAGGCCGAGGCAGUGCAGCCUGAGGCUGUGGGGGCAGAGCCGGAGGAGCCCGGAGACAGAGCCCCGGAGGCCAGCGCUGCAGCGAGCCCUGGGGUCCCCGAGGCCACUCUCGACCCACAGGGCUCCCCAGAGAGCCAGGGCUCCACUGAGCUGGAGGAGUGUGCAGGGGACCCGGAGCCCCGGGCCGGGCCCGAUUCCCAGCAGGAAGCCGACGUCAGUCCUGGUUCAGAGGCCGCAAUGCCGGUUCAGUGAAUAUACCAGGGGC